AUGGCCUCCUGGUCGCCCACCAUCAGCCCCGACGCCGUCUCCGAGAACUGGAGCACCGUGCUGCUCAGCCUCCGGGACCUCCGCCGCGACGUGCCCAUAAACUACAACCAGUACCCCGGCAUCGCACUGACGCCGGCGUGCUUCGCGGACGGCAGCUACACGGACGACAAGGCGGCGUGCGUGGCGGACCUGAUUGCCAUUGGGUAUCGCAGCUUUCUGCUGGAUCUGUAUCUGGAUGGGGAGAGCGGCGGGUGGGGGAUUUGUCCAGCAUCGGACGUGCCGGCGCCGGCGGCGAGCUCAAAUGCCGCAUCUUCCACGACCCCAACGACCACCCCCGCUUCUACUACCGCCGCCGCAUCGCUCCUCCCCCGCCAGUCGGCACAAUCCUACACCUGCACGCCCUCCUUCAACGCCACCACCCUCCUCACCAUCUUCGACACCUGGAUGACCGGCACCAACACGGACCUCGGCGCGCGCAUUCUCCUCCUCACACUCUCUCUGCACCCCACGCGCAACACCACCUCCACCACCCCCCCACAGCCGCUCACAAGCACGCUCAAAAGCGCCAACAUCCUCGCCGACGCCUACACGCCCACCCUCCUGCUCUCCGACCGCAACAACCUCAACGGCAGCUGGUACGACGACACCACAACCACAAACAACACCUACUUCACCACCCGCUUCGCCGCCGACAACACCGUCAGCACGCCCGACGGCUGGCCCAGCGAGUCCUACCUCGAGUUCAAAGUCGGCAAGCGCGUCCUCGUCGCCUUCGGCGAGCUCGACAACGCCGUCUCCGCCGUCUACGACCCCGCCGCGACGGGCGACGACGCAGUCAUCUUCCCAGAGGGCUACAUUGGGGAGCCGGUGCCCUACAACGCCUCGAGCACCCCAACGUGCUUCUACAACCCGUCCGACACCCGCAUCGCGGCGGGCAACUCCUCGUGGGCGCAGGCGCUCUACCGCGCGCCCGCAGCUGCAGCUGCAGCUGCGGCGGCGAACAUCACGGCGCUCAUCAACUGCGGGUACUCGACGCUGCUCGACUCCGUCGGCGCCGCCAACACAUCAUUGGAGGAACGCUUCCGCAGCUACGAGGCGCAGAUCCGCGCGACGGCCGCGUGGGCGUGGGGCGACGACGAGCCGCAGAACACGACGGGGCGCAAGGCGUCGUUCCGGUGCGCGGCGAUGCGCGUGGCGGAUGGGAGGUGGUUUGUGGCGGACUGUAACGAGAGUCGAAGGGCGGCUUGUCGUGUUGGGGGGCGGCCUUAUGAUUGGACACUAACACCCACCCCCCUCCCCUACGCCCUCCUCCCCCCCUGCUUCGCCGCGCCGCGCACGCCGCUCGAAAACACACACCUGCACAGUCUCCUCCGCUCCACGCUGCCGAGCACAGCCAGCGUGUGGCUAGACCUCAACUCGCUCUCCACGGACUCGUGCUGGGUUUCGGGCGGCGCGAACGCGCCGUGCCCCUACAAGCUCGGCGACGAGGGGCGGCGCGAGGUCAUUGUGUCGGCCGUGGCGGCGGUCAUCGUGUUGGUUGUGUUUGGGCUCAUGUGGUUUGCCAAGGGGGCUAGUUGGAGGGUGGAGAGGAGUCGGAGGAAGAGGAGGAGGGCGGUGAAGAAGAGGGUGAGGGAGGGGGUGGAGUAUGAGGGGGUGCCGUCGUAG